AUGGACUGGUCACUUUCCGAGGUCACAAACGAUGACAGGCAAAGCAAAAACGUACACAAACGCCGCUGCGUUGUGGAGCCGAAUAUCGAUGAUCUCAGCAACGGGGUCACCGAACCUGAAGGUUCCGGAAUACCCUGUGAAUUGACCAGUGAUGUGAGGGGCGGGGAGAGUGCCUUUUACGUUGGACAGGCAAGCAGGCUAAGGGAAGGCUGGAUUCACCUUGCGCCCGCCCAAGUUGCAAUUAAAGGUAGAAUUUCCUACGAAUGGGCCACGGCAGUCCCCGGCUGUGAGAGGCUUGGCCUAGUAGCUUUCGGGGGAGAUUCUGGUGCUUUGAUCCUUAGUAGCGAUAACAAGCUGCUGGGGCUGCUAUGGGGUAGGGACAAUGGCUUGAUUCUGCUUACCCCCACUCAAGACGUCUUUGCAGACAUCAAACGGAGAAUAAAGUGUCACUAG